AUGUCAAUCCAAUCCCAAAAAAUUACGAGAAGGAAGAGCCCCAGAGUUUCCAGCGAUAACCAUGACAGCGAUAUCGCGGCUUUCCCCGCUUUUUCAACGGGAGAUAACACCAGCGCCACUCCCAGCAAUUCCGAUCCAGACGUCUGCGACUUGGUUUCCUUCUUCACUUCCACCAUGGCGAACGAGCGAUAUUUUGGUCGGGCAUGCAAAACCUGUCGUCGCCGGGGACGAGGAUGUGACCGGCGCAUGCCUACGUGCAACACCUGCGAGGCUAGUGGCCAGACAUGCGAAGGCUACCAACUCCAGUGGCCGGGUUUAGCCAGCCGCGGUCAAUUGGUGGGCAAAAGUAUUCCUGUCGCGGAGGCGAAGCGUCGACGAACGCGCAGAGUUCAACGAGCGACCGUUCCAAGUCCACCUCCGCCAACACUCCCACAAUCACCCAAAGCCCAAGACCCUGUCAACAAUGAGGAGCAGGCCGAGCCCCAGGAAUCCCGGUUCAAGGAUCUACUCGACCCUCUGCAAUUGUUUGCGGACAUCGCCGAUCUAGCGACACCGUCAGAUCCCUUGAUGUGGCCCAACGAUGUCUCUUUGAUGAGCAACCUUUCCGAUGACCUUGUUGACCCUCAACUGAAUCCCGAUCCGGAGUCUCCUUCACAGAACCAUUCGGAGCUGUUCGAGGGAUCCUUGGCAUUACGCCAAAUUCUAGGCCCCAGUCUUGACAUUCUGGGAAUCCCCGAUGAACUCAAAUUCAUCAUGCAGUACCAUAUCUGCGAAGUCGUGCCAAAGUUAUGCGUCGACAACCUAUCUCCUCAAAAUCCAUAUCGCGAAUACAUCCUCCCCCUCGCCCACGAGGUUCCAUCAUUACUGUACGCGUGUGCGGCGCUGGCAGCCUGUCAUUUCAACGUACGACUCUCUACUAAUCAAUUCGAGCGCGAGUUUUUCCGGUUCAAGGGUAAAGCGAUGAAGCGAUUGCAGGAGGAUCUGUACUCGCAGACUCGAGCGAAACAUCCCGGGACGCUUGCUACGAUACUCAUGCUUUGCUUGUGUGAUCUUUGUCAUGGGGGGAUAUCGGAUUUCCAGUCACAUUUCCAGGGGGCGAAGAGGCUUAUUGAGCUUCGUCAAGAACGGACGAGUCGUUGUUUUGUGGAGCAAUAUUUAGCCUGGCUUGACGUGAUGGCUGCUGCUUCGCAUUCCCGGCCCACGGUGUUUUCAUUACAAGAUAUCAACACUCUAUUGGGGGAAUCACAAGAUCGGUGGGGUCUAGAUGCAAUACCUUGUCCAUCAGAUCAAUUCCAAAUUGUCUGCGAGAUUGUCGCGUUAUACAAGAGCCAACUCGAUCCCGACAGCCCUUCAAUCGAGGCCAUGAGUCAAGUACAAGACAUCAAGCAACGCCUAUUACAACGACCGCCGCAUUGCGAUAAAGGUCAGAACUGGCUUCAUAUGACUGAAGCGUACCGUUUUGCGAUUAUCCUUUAUCUGUUACGGUUAUUCUCCUGCGACAUCGACGAGUUCGAGCUCGAUUGGCUGGUCAGCAGUGUACUUUAUCAUGCAAGGGCUACACCACCCGCUUCUGGAUGGUCGGACCAACUAUUAUGGCCCUUAUUCCAUGCCGGUCUUGAGUUGAAAGAUUCUAGGCGGCAAGAGUGGGUUCGGGAGCGUGCAAGGUGUAUGCAGAGCUCUGGGGGAUUUGGCAAUGUACAAAGCGCACUUGUUUUACUUGAGGGUGCUUGGAAGGGACAACGGCCAGUGAAGUACAUUGAUCUAAUGCUGGGACGGGGAAGUGGAGCUGUACUUUUAAUCUGA